UUUCAUAACAUAAUAAGAGAAUUUUCGAGAACAAGCGAAGUGACACAAACCUAAUGCAAUAAGUAAUAAAAUUCGAUAAACAAUCUACGCACAAUCUAACUUUCAUACAAACUCGGAAUUUUAAUUAAAAUUUUUCUAUGAAUUUACAUUUUGUGGGUAAAAAAAUCAUUAAGAAUGCCGAUGGUGAUGGAAAAUCUCUCUUUUGUUUACGUGUUCCUAAGAACGCCCUUAAUAUGGGGCAGGCAUUAUUCCUGUUUUUAGUCGCCAGUAUAUUGAGUGUACAAGGGCAAAGAAUUAACAGUUCAUGUGAAUGCGGGAUAGCGGGAAAGAAUCGGCGCAUUGUCGGCGGCACAUCGGUCCAGCCCCACGAAUAUCCUUGGUUGGUGGCAUUGAUGCUUGGACCCAAGUUACAUUGCGGCGGCGCUAUCAUCACUGAUCUGCAUAUUCUGACGGCUGGACAUUGCAUUACGUUCGGGGUCCAUUAUCGUGAUCUUUCUGUAUAUAUUGGGAUGCACGAUCGCUUAGACGCCUCGUAUUCUGUGCUCCGUGUUAAAUAUGGGAUUAAACAUCCAAAGUUUACCUCGAACGCUGUAAGGGAUAUAAAUGAUAUUGCAAUUCUGACACUCGAGAAGAAACUAACAUUCUCAGAUAAAAUUCGGCCGCUAUGUUUGCCGCGGAAGGACAUGCAUUUCCACGCUAUGCCCUUAACUGUUGCCGGUUGGGGCAAAACGAGGCAGGGGGCUCUAGCGUCAUCUAGAUAUUUACUAGAAACAAAAGUUCAAAUGGUGGACUCUGAAAAAUGCCAGAAAUCAACAAUUUAUAAGGACAAUCUUGUUAGCGACACCAUGAUGUGCGCUUAUAAUCGAGGGAAGGAUGCCUGUCAGGGUGAUAGCGGUGGACCUUUAUUUGCUACACAUCCAUUCACAAAAAAUAAGAAAUGGUAUCAUGUUGGUAUCGUAUCGUGGGGAAUAGACUGCGCCAAGCCUGAAUAUCCGGAAUGCGGGAAACCAUCGGAUGCUGUUGUGUCGAUGAGGAUAGUGGGCGGUCGGAGAGCAGAACCCCAUUCCUUUCCUUGGACAGUGGCCAUAUUAAAAAACGAGAGAAUGCAUUGUGGAGGUGCUGUGGUCACUAACAAACAUGUUUUGAGCGCUGGACAUUGUUUCAAAUGGGAUGACUUCAAAUCAAUGAAAGUGCUCAUAGGUCUGGACAAUCUCGAUGAUUUGUCGAACGUUGAAAAGCGAACUAUAUCAAACGUGGUUAUUCAUGAAGAUUUCACGUCGACAGCGGUUAGAGACGAGAACGAUAUAGCGAUAGCUACGCUAAAUCACCCGGUCACGUUUGGCGAUACGAUAGUACCAAUAUGUUUGCCGUUGCCAGGUGAAGAUUUCGCUGACAGAGUAGGAACGAUAGCCGGCUGGGGCCGGAUGGGCGUGGAGAAAUCAUCCUCAAGGGUCCUCUUGAAGGCCUCUCUACGAAUACUCUCGGACGAGAAGUGCAUGCAGUCGCAGCUGGCACAACAUCUCAAGCCCACGAUGAUGUGCGCUUUCUCUAAAGGAAAGGACGGGUGCCAGGGUGACAGUGGAGGGCCUUUGAUAGUCUUUCAACCUGCAGGAAAAUAUGUGCAAGCAGGAAUUGUCUCCUGGGGUAUUGGGUGUGCAGAUCCAAGAUAUCCAGGAGUUUACACGAAAGUAAGCAACUACAUCGAUUGGAUAAUGCAACACCUGAAAGGCGGCGAGAUGUGUAAUUGAUAAAAGAAAUGGCAGGCGUUAUUAAAUUGAUUUGUAUUAUUAAAGUAUAUAGGUACCUACUUAGUUAUUAUUAAAGUUUAAACAGU